AUGGAUCUCAUCACCUUCUCCUUCUUCAUCCUUUUCCUUCCUCUCUUCACCUUCCUCUUCAGCUGCUUCUCAGCCAAAAGGCCAACCUCUCAAGCACUCAAAGCCUAUCCAUUGAUUGGCCAUGUCCCUCAGUUCAUCAAGAACCGCCAUAGAUACCUUGACUGGACAACAGAUAUCAUCCUUUCAGACCCUACCCGCACCAUGGGCUUCCAAAAUCCUUUCCUAGCUCAUGGCAUCAUCACUGCCAACCCUUUGAACGUAGAACACAUAAUCAAAACCAAGUUUGUCAACUACCCCAAAGGCCCGUUUGCAACCACUUUGCUCAACGACUUACUUGGCCAAUCUAUCACGAGCUCUGAUGGUGAGCAAUGGAAGCAUCAAAGAAAAGCAGGAAGCAUGGAGUUCAGCAAGAAGUCAUUAAAGGAUGCUGUUGUGGAUACAGUGCAGUGGGGGAUUGAGAACAGAUUGUUGCCAUUGCUGAGGAGAGCAGAGGUAAGGGAUGAAAUUUUGGACUUGCAGGACAUAUUGGAAUGCUUUGGUUUUGAUAAUAUUUGCAAGCUUGCUUUGAAUGAAGAUCCUGCAUGUCUAAGUAUAAAGAAGGAGGACGAGGAGAAGAAGAUCAUGUCUAAAAAGGCCAAGAAAGCAUUUGGAGUCGCACAAAGACUCACAUUGGUGCGUGCCAAUGAUUGGUUUCCAUACACUUGGCAGACGAUGAAGUUGUUGGACAUUGGGUAUGAAAAAACGCUGAGAAAGAGUGUGGCCGUUGUGCAUGAUUAUGCCAUGAAGAUGAUACUUAAGAGAAAGGAACUCAAACUCAACAGUGAUUUUGAUAUCUUGUCUCACUUUGAGUCAGAGAAAGAGACCAAUGAUGGGUUUCUCAGAGAUGUGCUGAUAGGCUACGCGUUGACGGGGAGGGAGAUGGUGUCCUCGGCAUUAAGUUGGUUCUUCUGGUUGUUGUCGUCGGCGCCGGAGGUGGAAGAGAAGAUACUGAAGGAAGUAGAGGAGGUUAAAGCUAAGCAAGGGUAUGAGAAGCUGAGAGAGAUGCAGUAUCUGCAUGCGGCGCUGACCGAGUCGAUGAGGCUGUAUCCUCCGGUGGCAAUGAACACAGUUGACUGCAUGGAGGAUGAUAUGUUGCCGGAUGGAACCUUUGUUGGGAAGGGAUGGUUUGUGUCCUACAAUACAUAUGCUAUGGGGAGGUUGAAGGAGUUGUGGGGGGAGGAUUGUGAUGUUUUCCGGCCGGAGAGGUGGUUGAAGGAUGGGAUUUUCCGGCCUGAGAGUCCGUUUAAGUAUCCGAUUUUUCAUGCAGGGCCAAGGACGUGUCUGGGGAAGGAGGUGGCUUAUAUACAGAUGAAGGCUGUGGUUGCAAGAGUGCUUGAGGAGUUUAAGGUUGAAACUUUGGUGGAGAAGGUAAGAGUUCCAGACCAUGAGUUUACAUUGACUCUCAGGAUGACAGAUGGUUUGCCUGUUCAAGUUAGAAGGAGGGAAUGAUAAUUAAAACUGUGUGAAAUAAAUAAUCAGAUCGAUGAAGUAUUUGCAUUGUUUUGUAAUCGUUGUCAUGUGCGGAACGUCCGGUUGAGUUCAGUGUGAUUGUUGUUGAGAGUUAAUUUGAGAUUGU